UCCUCCUCUCUCCUUUGGGUCAUGAGGCUGGUGAACAUGGCUCCCUCCAUGGUGCUUCCGCCUUGUCGCUCUGCAGCCAAAUUAGCCGCCGUUUUACUGAGCUGCUUGGCUUUAGCGCUCGCGGACGGAGCCCAGGAUCAGGCAGAGCAAUUUUUUAGAAGUGGGCACACAAACAACUGGGCAGUUUUGGUAUGCACUUCACGAUUUUGGUUUAACUACCGGCAUGUGGCCAAUACCCUUUCCGUUUACAGAAGUGUCAAGAGACUCGGAAUUCCUGAUAGUCAUAUAGUCUUGAUGCUGGCAGAUGAUAUGGCUUGCAACCCACGAAAUCCAAGUCCAGCUACUGUGUUUAGUCACAAAAACAUGGAAUUGAAUGUCUAUGGAGAUGACGUGGAAGUGGAUUACAGAAGCUAUGAGGUUACCGUGGAAAACUUUCUGAGAGUAUUAACAGGCAGAAUCCCAGCAAGUGCACCUCGCUCAAAGCGUCUUCUUUCUGAUGACAGAAGCAAUAUUCUGAUAUAUAUGACGGGUCAUGGUGGAAAUGGCUUCUUGAAAUUUCAGGAUUCCGAAGAAAUUACAAAUGUAGAACUGGCAGAUGCCUUUGAACAAAUGUGGCAGAAAAGAAGGUACAAUGAAUUACUGUUUAUCAUUGAUACAUGUCAAGGUGCAUCCAUGUAUGAACGCUUUUAUUCUCCUAAUAUAAUGGCUUUGGCAAGUAGCCAAGUUGGAGAAGACUCACUUUCACAUCAACCUGAUCUUGGAAUUGGCGUUCACCUGAUGGACAGGUAUACGUUCUAUGUCUUGGAGUUCUUGGAAGAGAUUCAUCCAGCUAGCCAGACCAACAUGAAUGACCUUUUUCAGGUGUGUCCUAAAAGUUUAUGUGUGUCUACACCUGGACACCGGACAGAUUUAUUUCAGAGAGAUCCUGAAAAUGUCCUGAUUACUGACUUCUUUGGGAGUGUACGCAAAGUGGAGAUUACAACUGAGACGAUUUCUCUGGAUCCUAAUUUAGCUCCUGAGAAGAUCAGGCCUGUAGAAGAUGAAAUAGCAGCCGAACCACUAAAGUAUGCAGAACAGCUUCCAGUGGCACAAAUAAUACAUCAGAAACCAAAACAGAAGGACUGGCAUCCUCCAGGAGGUUUUAUUUUAGGUCUCUGGGCGCUCAUUAUCAUGGUCUUCUUCAAAACCUAUGGAAUCAAGCACAUGAAACAUAUCUUCUAGAACAUCCGCACAACAAGAUCCCUCCGCUGAACUGCAUCCUUGUGUGAAAAAUGCAUUUUUAUUUAUAAAGAAUGCUGAAAUCUUCUACCUGAAAGCUCUUAUCAUGUUGUACAGUAGAGUCUCGCUUAUCCAACCUCCACUCAUCCAACAUUCUGUAUUAUCCAACGCAGUCUGCCUCCCACCCGGGUCAAUACAUUCAAUACAUUGCAAUGUUUUGGUGCUAAAUUCAUAAAUACAGUAAUUACUACAUAACGUUACCGUGUAUUGAACUGCUUUUUCUGUAAAACAUGAUGUUUUGGUGUUUAAUUUGUAAAAUCAUAACGUAAUUUGACGUUUAAUAGGCUUCUCUUUAAUCCCUCUUUAUUAUCCAACAUUUUCGCUUAUCCAAUGUUCUGCCAGCCCAUUUAUGUUGGAUAAGUGAGACUUUACUGUAUUUUGAUUCCACUCCCUCUUAUGAUUUUCACACAAGAUUUCUCUUGUUUUAAUCUUGGAUAAUUGUUUAAUACUUUUUUAGAUUCCAAGUCCAUAAGAAUUCAGAGAUUGCAUGUAAAGGUUCACCCUAGAAGAUGCAAUAAAAAAAAGUGAGGUCUUAUUCUCUAUGUUGCACACGAGGGCCUUUUGAGGCUAUUUGGAUGCAUAGAUUGGUGCGGAAAAAUCAGAGCUUUGUAAAAAAUAUGUUAAAUAUUCCAAGAAAAAAUGUUUCUUUGCAAGUAUUACUACUAGUACUUACCAUGACUACUUAUAAAAUAGUUUACUCCAUCAGUGAAAUGAAGGUCUAGACAAUCUGCAGAACCUUAUUUAAGAUGUCAUUUUAUCAAUACAAACUUAAGUCACUUUGCGGACUUCUACCGUGACAUAUUGAACACUUGCUCAACAGAAACAAAAAUACUGUAGAGAAUAUUGAUCUCCUCUGUUAAAUACAGCCCCUUUAGAUCAAUCCUUUUACCUAGGGCAAUUUUGUUUCUUGGAUUCCAUGAAUCAUUUAGAACUGAAAACGACAAAGGACCCAAGCAGUGACCUACCUGAAUGUGUUUGAUGAACAAGCCCACUAGUAGCCUGGAAAUAUGGAGUCUUCAUGUUUAGCCAUACUCUUGAUUUUUCCAAAUUCACAUUAUGUUCUGAAAUGAAUCUGGAAUAUGAGAUUAGCUAUGUUCAAACAUCCUGGCUGUGUGCAUAGAAGAACAUGUUGAUAAUGUUAAUAAGUAAAUUCUCUAUAUAUUUUUGUUGCAUAUUUAUUUGUUUUUGGAAUUUGGCUUUAAAUCUGUUUCCAGUGAAAAUAAAGGUAUGAAUAAAAA